UGCAAUCAUGGCUGAAAUACACACACCAUAUUCUUUCUUGAAGAAACUGUUGUCUUUAUUCUGUGGCUUCACGGCUGUGUCUGGCAUGGCCCUCAUUGGCCUGGCUCUUGGGGUCACGUAUGGAGAGGCCACAAUGACGAAGGUCCUUGGGAUGUCGUCUGCCUACCUCUUUCACUCCGGUUAUCUGAGCCUGGGAGUGGAAUUCAUCACCACAGGGCUCAGCCUUGCCGGGUGGUACGGGAUGAUUUCCCUGUCCCUGCUUAUUAUUGUCAUUCUGGAAGUUGUGAUGGCCUCCGUGGUGCUUGUAUUCUUCCCACUCUCUCUCAUAACCCAGGUUAGCUUCCAACUCACUAAGAAGUUGUCUGACUAUGGGCUCUGGACCCUUCUACCUCCUCAGCGCUGGGAUGACAAGAGUAGGAAUUACUGCGAAUACAGUGAGGCAGAUGGCUUCUCUAUACAGUGGAACCGUGUCAUGGAGAAGCUGAAGUACUGUGUGAGUAACCACACAGCUUUUGUUGGCUCUUCCUUUCAAGUGACAAGUGGCCACAGCUACCCCAGGGGCUGUUGUAAAUCCAUAGGCAGUGCAAACUGUGAUGGGCACAAUGUGUCCUUGGAUGUCAUCUCCAGGAGGUAAUUCAAACCUUUUGGCUGCUUUGUCAAACUUCUGAAAAUCACCAGGGCUCAGAGUUUCUCCCUGAGCACAGUCUCCUUGGGAGCAGCAGUGGUGCAGCUGCCAGGAAUUCUUGCCACCUUACUGCUGUUCAUCAAGCUGAGCUGA